CUUCUUACUUAUAUUAUUUGACAUUUGAAGCAUAAACAUGGCGUCGUGUUUAAUGUUUUUCUCCAAAGAUUAUUGAAGGAAAAUUUGUGAGAAAAUUGAAAGUGCAUCCAUUGAAACGUAAUUAAUUUGGACCGUUACCAAUGGCUACAGGAAAAGCAAGUGUUUAUGUUUAUAAUUAGAAUUUUUGGAAAAUGCAUCUGUGCAACAAAUGAGAACGAUAGAAGUCAGCAAAUCUGUGUAAAACUGACGGGUAAAAAAUUAAAAAUCCAAAUAGUUGGACUCGCUACUUGGGCGAUAACUGCCAGUACUAAAAGAUAGAACGACUCUUCUAAUAAUGGCACUAGUUACAGUGCAGCGUUCGCCAAGCGUUGCUGGAUCCCCUCAAUGCUCCAAUUCGGAUAACGAAGCCGAGGAUGAUGAAGGAUCCAAAAAUGAGAAGAGUGAGUGUUUCUUUGCUGGCAAAGGGACGGCUUUAGUAUUAGCGCUAAACGAUAUUCCUCAAUACUCUGAACGUCGUUUGAGCACAGACUCUAUACGAUCAACAAAUAGUACACAAAGUAAUAAUUCGGAUAUACAACAACAUUUACAAUCCAUGUUUUACUUAAUAAGACAUGAAGAGACCCUAAAGAUGGCUGUAAAAUUAGAAUCGCAGCGUGCCAAUCGUACUAGAUAUUUGGUGAUUGCUUCACGUUGUUGCUAUCGCCCUGGCAUUAACGAAAAACGUAAUAGGAUAAUGCGUCAUAAUUCAGCUAGAAUGAAUGUGUCAUCGACAACAGGGACGCGGCUUGCAGCAACCUUUACUGCUAACCGUCAGUUAUCAGUGGACAGCUGUAAAUCUUCAAUGCAACAGUCAAAGCAUAUUGAAGAGAGUUUAAUAAACCGUCAUAGUGCUAAAUGUGAUGUAACAGAAAAUCUAUAUGCUUCCGGUGAUAGCGCAAAACUAGUACAAGCGCCAACUGUUAACUCAACCUUAACAUUUUCCUCGCCAACAUCAUCUUCCUCCGAGGAAUGCGAAGGUAUAGAGGAGUCCUGUUUGCUAGGCAUAGAUUGUAAUGAACGAACAACUGUUGGACUCGUCGUGCCUAUUCUAGCAGAUACCACAAUUCAUUUAGAUGGCGAUGGUGGAUUUAGUGUUUCCGUAUAUGGAAAAACGCACAUCUUUAAGCCAGUAUCAGUGCAAGCAAUGUGGUCCGCUUUGCAAACAUUACAUAAAGUUUCGCAAAAGGCCCGUGAGAAUAAUUUUUAUCCCGGCGGUCCUUCACAUGAUUGGCUGACAUAUUAUGAAAAGCGCAUAGAAUCGGAUCAGUCAUGCUUGAAUGAAUGGAAUGCAAUGGAUUCGUUAGAGAGUCGACGUCCGCCUUCACCUGAUGCCAUAAGAAAUAAACCUACGGCUAAAGAAGAAACAGAGAGUGUAAUAAAAAUGAAAUUAAAAGAAAUUAUGAUGUCUGUUGAUUUAGACGAGGUGACUUCAAAGUACAUACGCAGCCGUUUAGAAGAACAUCUUGACAUGGAUUUGGGAGAAUAUAAAUCAUUUAUCGACGAGGAAAUGCUAAUCAUUCUGGGACAAAUGGAUGCACCCACCGAAAUUUUUGAGCAUGUUUAUUUAGGAUCAGAAUGGAAUGCUAGUAAUUUGGAAGAAUUACAAAAAAAUGGUGUUCGACACAUUUUAAACGUUACUCGCGAAAUAGAUAACUUCUUUCCGGGCAUGUUCGAUUAUUUGAACGUGCGAGUCUAUGACGAUGAGAAAACCAAUUUGCUGAAGUAUUGGGACAAUACAUAUCGAUAUAUAACAAGGGCAAAAGCCGAAGGAUCCAAAGUGCUGGUACAUUGCAAAAUGGGUGUAAGCCGUUCAGCAUCAGUUGUAAUAGCAUACGCCAUGAAAGCUUAUAAUUGGGAGUUUCAGAAGGCUUUGCAGCAUGUUAAAGAACGUCGUAAUUGUAUAAAACCCAACAAAAAUUUUCUUAAUCAAUUGGAAACUUAUCGAGGCAUGUUGGACGCAAUGAAAAACAAAGAAAAACUGCAACGUAGCAAGAGUGAAACGAACCUCAAGAGCACUAAAGAUGCACGUUUGCUUCCUGGGAGUGAGCCUACACCCCUCAUUCAAGCUCUUAAUCAUUCGAAAUCGAAGUCUGGCGGUGAUGCCAAUGAGAUUGAAAGGGUGGCUGUGGAUAGCGCAUCAAUAAACGCGCCAAAUCUAAGAGACACAUACAAAAUGCGAAGUGUAGGUGGCAGCGGUCUUGAAAGGUUUGUACGACGAAGAUCGAGCAGCACAUCUCCCAGGUCCAUAAAAUCUCAAAAUUGUUCCGCUUUGGUUAUGAAACAGCAAAGCCAAAGUCUUGAAAAUCUGACGCCGGAGCGGAGUAUUGCGGAUGAACCAAAAAAUGUGCGAUUUCCUGGCAGUAAUGGAGAAAAUUACAGUGUAACACAAAAUCAAGUGUUGCACAUACAAAAGCAUAUACCGCACAGAUUACAAAUAUCUUUAGCUCCAGUUACUUCCGUGCGUACCAUUGUACACGGUUUAGAGGCAUACCAACUACAAGACUUAAGAAAAUCAACAGAUGAUCGAAAGUCACUGAUGUUGUCUUUUGGAAGACUUGACGAUGAUUCUUCAAAAAGUAUUGAGAGAAGACUUUCAGCUUCUACUAAAAGGCUGAGUAGCCCGGUUUGGACUUCUUCAGCUAAGCUAAUAACGCAGACCUCGAAUAUUGCAAGAAAUAGCGCACUAUUUACCAAAGAGGAAAGCAAAUACAAACGUCAACAUAGUAGAAAGACACAAUCGUGGGCUGCUACAAGUGGUGGAAUAACAAUGGAUGCAUUUACACUUGGUUCCAACAGUAGCAUCGAUUCAGUGUCUACCCAUUCAUCAGCGCCGGCCGCAACUACCUUUGAAGUUUGUGUACGUACCCGACAGCGACCAAGGGAGUUGCCAUCUCGUCAUGCUUCCUGGGGUUCUGGUGAUAAUAAAUGUGGAGUACCCGCACGUAAUAGUUCUUGGGCCGCAUAUGACUCUAACCGCAACAAUUGCCAAUGUACAACCAGUAAUCAAACAAAUGCUAAUGCCAUCUUUGAAGGUCAAAUACACGAACUGAAUGUAAAUAAUAAGACUGCCUCGGCCGAUUCCCGGCCAUAUCAAAAUAACCAACAACACCACUUAGGCACUGUAAGAAGGACCAAACAAAAAUUAGAAGAGUGCUCGAUACUGAAAAAACUGUGCCGAGAAAAUGGUGUCACCUCAAAAGAAUUCUCAACGCAUCCUACGGAGAUAAGUUGCGAUUGCAUUACAUCCAAACGAAACGCUAACUUGUUUCGAAGUAUUUCCGCUGUUACAUCCCGGACUCGUUAUAAGCAACGCUGCAGUAGUGAAGAAAUUGUGCAUGGUGAUACUCCGGCUUUACUUGCAGGCAGACGAAGCGAUGGCAACAGACCUGUGAAUGCUGAAUUAUUUUCGGCUUCUGUACCGAAUUCGUACACAAUGUCAGAUAUUGAAAAUAAAAAUACUUUGUCAAGUUCGGGAACUGCCAGCGACGAAGAAAACGUAAUACUGCGUUCGAUAUCAACAGUUAAAGAAGGUCAUCACGUUUCAGGCAAUGUAAGAAUUUUAAAGAAAAGCUUUGAAGCCAAGGCCAUCUGUGGAUUAACUGGUUCCGCGUCACCGACAGCGUCAGUGACCGCUGCUGGUAGCGAAAUUUACAAUAAAGUCACUAAAAGUCAUCAAUCUUUACCCUCCUCGCCAGUGGCCCAACACACAAAUUACCUUGAACAACACCGUAAUGAGCAAGCCACCAUUAGUCAACAAUCGACCAAAUCUUCUUUUCUCGGUGAUACCGUUGGCGUUCAAGCUAUUUCUUCUACAAAGGGGACUAAAGCACCUCUCAUAUCAUCCGGUGCAGAAGAUUACACUGACCACAAUGUAAAAGGAUUGGUGCAUAAAUACCAAACUUCCGCUGAAUCAAAAAAUCAGACUAGAAGCAAUAACCCCAGUUCAUCUCAGGCCGGUGUCGUUACUGCGGCUGCGUUUAAGCCGCGGCCGAGAUCUUAUUAUGAGUCUCAACGACCUUUAAUAGGAAAACCGCAUGAAUUUAAUGAAAGUAGACCGCCUCCAAGACCAAUUAAAACCGCCAAUACCAUAUCAGACGGCAUUAUAAUGCAACCACCAUCUUCCCAGCAAAGACGUCUGCAGCAACAUGGGAAAACUCAUCCACUCGCUAGGCUAAGUUUACCAAAGCAAACCUUCAAUGCCGCCGCUUACAACACCAUGUAAAAACUUUUAAUCGAAUCAUUAACAAAUUAAACUGUAACCGACACGAAGGUAAUCUAUAACUUUAAAGAAACUUACUAGCCACUCCUGCAUGACUGCGAUGCAGUUUGUGCAUUCAUCCAAUUAUAUUGAUAUGACCGGACAUGAAAUAUGUUAUAUUUAUAUAAUUACUUACGCGUAUCUUUAUACAAUAGAAAACAAUUGUGACCGUUACGAAGAUUUCUUUACACUUUCGUUAAUUUGUAUGAUUUGCCAUUUGUUUGUUAGCGAAUUGAUUUAUUACUAAUUGUGUGUCUUUCUCUAUACCUAUAAUUUUUUAUUCCGUUUUUAACACCUUUAUUAGGAGUUUAUAAAUAAAUUUGAAGAAAAUUUCUAAGUAAUAAAAAUUCACAGCCUGGCUGUGGUUGGAUGCUUUUCUAGAUCCAUCGUUGCAAACAAGCCUUAUCACUUUUAGACACUCUUUAUAGGAUACACAACUGAAAGCAGAUCGACCUCUGAUCGCAAAAAGUAUUUAGUUCUAUCCUUUAAAAACAAGUAUUUUCUGAAGUAUUUUGUCACUGUUCAAAAUAUAUAUAUGAGUAUACGUUGCCAAUUUUCUCAUCUUGUUAUGCAUAUGCAUGUACACAGCCUAUAAUAGGAAGAACUAAAAAAGUUUGGAAUGCUCAUGACUCUACCAUUAUAAAGCGCCAUUUUACGUAUACUUUAUAUAUAGUUACUGAAUUAAGGCAUUUUAAAAGCAGAAGUGAAUAGUAAAUAUAAUGAGAAAAAAUUAUUGAAUAUAGUAUUUUUAUUUAGACUUUGGAAAGAAGAAGCCGACAACCAAAGUAUUUCAUUUCGAUAUUUUGCAUGUUGAGGUGAGCGAGAAAUAUUAAUAGGUUUGAAAAGCAAAUUAAAAUUUCUAUAUCGCGCAACAAUAUGUGCACUUUCAUGUGUUUCUAAAUUUUGAGAUUUUGAAUUUUCCAAUCGAAAUC